AUUUGUAAGUGAUUCCAGGACGUGACAAGAAUCAAAUAUUCUAAGAAUGAAUUUUAACCUGCUGAUAAUUUUUUGGUGCAUUCCCUCCACUCUUUCUCUGAAUGAAGUCGAUCUGAGGCGGAGUCUGUUGGACCCUGCUGUGUAUGAUAAGUUUGUUCGACCGCGCAUCAAUGCCUCCCACAUCGUGAACGUGCGGAUUGAACUGACCAGCGUGAACGUCAUCAGUUUGGCAAGUUCGGGAAAUAGAAUUCCAAGACAGGAUUGGAAGGAUCCUGGUUGGAAAGAAAGAGAAAGUUCCUUUUCUCAAGCAUGUAUUCUUCUGUUGAACUGGGAUGACGAAUUUUUGACGUGGAAUGCCAGUCAUUAUGAAGGCGUAGAUAGUUUUGUUAUGGACCCAUCAUUUCUUUGGACCCCCGAUGUCACAAUUUUUGGGAGAAUGGAGGGUAAUCAAGGAGUUGAUUUUAGUCGUGUUCAAGUUCAGUCAAAUGGAUCGGUCAGUACGUUGUUUUCAGGACUGUUGACUACCCACUGCAGCUCAAAUCCCGCCUACUUCCCGUUUGAUUAUCAGCUUUGUACUGUCAAAGUGGGUUCCCAGAUCUACUCCAGCUUAGAUGUCUUCAUAGAAAUCACCUCCGUGAAAAUAGACAAAGAACAAGAAGGUAACCCUACCUGGGAUUUAGUAGACAUCAAACUGAGAAAUACAUCCUACGGUUACCAGGAGGUGUUUUUCUGCCUUCGAAGGAAGCCUCUCUAUCUCACUGUUCUAUAUAUGGCGCCCACAACCAUGCUUGCUGUCCUAGUUCUGAUCUCCUACGUGAUUCCUAGUGAAGCUGGGGAGAAAAUUUCCUUUGGAAUGUCUCUGUUCCUAUCCUUCAUGGUUUGCCUGUUGCAGUUAAUUGGACAUUUACCUCAAGUGUCCACCUCUGUUCCUGCAUUGGAGAUUUACUAUAUGCUCCACAUGGUCAGUGGCGUCAUUUCUGUGGUUGUCUCCUCCUUCACGGCUUACGUCAUACACAAAACCGACCAAUCACCUCAGUCCACCGUAACCAAGGUCAAGGACGUAGCAAUGGUCCUUGACAAAAACGACAAAACCGACAGAAAAGUAAUGAAGAAUCCUAAUGGGCGACUCAGAUCCGGGAUAUUCCUCAACCGAUUUGGAUUUUUCGUGUCGUUCCUUUUAAUUCUGACAGCAAACAGCGUAAUGAUAAACGCAACACUGGUUUCCACUGGUUGUAUCUAUCCUGAAUAAUUACAAGUAUUGCAAAAUGACUUUUCUGUUACAUGUAAGUCAGUCUCGAGGUUGGAUAAUAAAUGCAUGCUUCCGAUG